CCCAGCACUCCCAUUAAGAAGUAUGCGUCAUUAAACUCAUAUCCAGCCUGCUGCAAUAAAAAGUCAAACAUAUCCGGUUUACUUCACAACUCCCAAUGCUUUCUACAUAUUAUUAAAUAGAGCUCACGUAAGUUUAUUUUACCUUUAAAAACUAUCCCAACACGUUUGCGGAACAAAACAGGGUUUUACGGAAGCCGUUGAUACUUUGUUAAACAUGGCUGACGACGACUUCGGCUUUUCCGUCUCCAACAACGGAGUUCAUGUUGAGGAGGAUCCGGCCGCGGCGUUUCUCGCCCAGCAGCAGAAUGAGAUCGCGGUGAUUGAGAACGACGACGCCGGGUUCGGUGCGCUGGAUGACGGCGAACCUCUGCCCGCGAACACGUACACGUCUUUCGGAGGUGAUUUUGGAGAAACACAAGCCUCGUCCGUCAACGGAGAUAUGUUUCAGGACGCCAACGGCACAACUGACAGCUACUCGGCCAUUGCCCAAGCUGACAUUCAGAGGCAAGAACCAGAAAGCUUGCGCAAAUGGAGGGAGGAACAAAGAGAUCGGCUGGAAGAAUUAGAUUCAGCAUCAAAAGCAGCUGAGGCUUUGUGGAGAGAGAAAGCCCGGAAGGAACUAGAGGAUUGGCAUGUACAUCAGAAUGAACAGAUGGAGAAAAAUAAAGCCAACAACAGGAUCGCUGAUAAAGCUUUCUACAAACAGAACAACUCUGAUGACAUAGGCUUGGUGGCGUCAGAAGAUGCUUUUCUGAAGGAGUGUGACGACGACAGUCCCGGCACAGAAUGGGAAAAAGUGGCCCGUCUUUGUGACUUCAACCCCAAAACCAGCCGCCAAACCAAAGACGUGUCACGGAUGCGCUCUGUGCUCAUUUCUCUAAAACAAACGCCUCUGGUUCGCUAAAAUAUCUUGUUGUCCCUCACUGGCUUUCUUUCUUUCCCUCUUGCACUUUAUUUGAAUGAAGCAGAACAUCUAACAAAUUAAAGUUUUGGGGGGAGAAGUCAUAUGAUGCGUACAAUUUAGUGUAUUUAACCAUCAUAUUUAUGUACCUUGAUGUUUCAUGGCGUCAAGAGUAUUUAGUUUGGCUAUUCCACAUAUUUAGAAUUUUAUACACAAAAUAUUAAAGUGUGCCUCCAUUUAUUUAAAAAAAAAA